AAAAAAAAGAAAAACCUACCGCCACUGAAACGUCGAGCACGUCGAGAGGAUUUAUUGUGGAUUUGUAAAACUUUUUAAAACAGGGAGACAAAGUGCGGACGAACCAGGAGCGACACAAACUAACAGGGGGAGCGGAGUUAAGAGAAGUUUGUCGCUUUCUCCAAGUUUGUCAGUUUUUCCAGAAGGAGCUGGAGGAAGGAAGGAUGAGAACAGACGUGAAGUGAAGGGAGUUGACAUGUUUGAAAGCCCGAGCUGCUGCUGAGGAGAUGAGACGUUGAGACACACGGCUCCUUCUUCUUCGUCUUCUUCUUCUGCUGCGUGUGUCCCCCACAAAGACACGACUGUCUCAUGUCCAAGGAGACCGUCCUUCCUCCGGAUGUGCCAGGGCCAGACAAGGGCCCCCAGCAAGAGACCAGUACUCUGCUGUCAGCCUCUCACGAUGCUCGUGACAGCGAAUCGUCAGGAAGAACGCCAUCUCCCAGGAAACCAGUCGCCAAAGGACGAAGUCACGUGACGGAUGAGCGGCCUAAUUACUGCGAGCCCGUAAGAACUCAACCUCACUCUGAGUCUCGACCUGUGCCAUUGGAUCCGACCGAGGGAGACGCCGUCAAGGACCAAAAUGGCCUUCCCCACAAUGGCACUGGCACGGCUGCACUGAGUAACGGCAGAGGAAUCCACCCUGGCAUCGGUGGGGCCACACGCACGUGCACUUGCACUUGCGGUGCCAACGUCAGCACGGGCGCAGAGGGUGGCUCAGGCCCGAGCACAAGAGCGACGGAGCGGCCGAUGACAGAGCAGCCCAGGAAGCAGCCGUCCACACCGGUGUCGCAGAGGAUGCAGAGGAAAUUAAGGUCCAGCUUGUCGGUCAACAGUGACAGCAGCAGACGCAGUAAAGGCAGUUCCACUGGGUCGCAGAGAGCUCCGCUUCCAGAGGACUGCUGUGUCCACUGCAUCCUUGCCUGCCUGUUCUGCGAGUUCCUGACGCUGUGCAACAUGGUGGUGGCGCAGGCCUCGUGUGGCGCAUGUACGUCAGAGGCCUGCUGUUGCUGCUGCUGCACCGACGACCUGGGCGACGACUGCAACUGCCCCUGUGACAUGGACUGCGGCAUCAUGGAUGCCUGCUGCGAGUCCUCGGACUGCCUGGAAAUCUGUAUGGAGUGCUGCGGCAUCUGCUUCCCCACAUAGGGAGGAGGCCGGCACUGCUGCGCACCACGGUGACUCUGCAGGGGAUAACUGGACCCCGGCAAAGAAAAUAUGGAAGGAUGCUGCUGUCACUUUAAAUUCAGCAACAACAGAGGGAAUAAGUGUGUGUGAAUGUGUGUGGUGUUUUUUUGUGAAAUAAUGAGUGAUGUUGAGUGUGUGAAAUAAAUUGAGGUGGCUGAGUAAAACGUCGUAAGAUGUAUUGACACUGGGCUCCUCCAUCAAAACCAGCAUAGCAGGGGCUAGAAGUAACUCCAGAUAUAUGAACAUGUCAUUUAAAUCUUUAGUUUAUAGUUUAAAUUUGUUUCUGUUAAUUAUUCUAUUCUUAGCGACAAAAACAAGUAUUAUCACAGAUUUUAUUGUUACAUCAGGAAUGCUGUUUGUAUCUUAUCUUGCCUUUUUUUGGGUUCAUUUCCAUUACCAAUACUUCUGUGUUUUUUAAUGCUCAGGAACUGAGGUUGCAGUCUUAGUUCUGUACAACACUGUAAAAAUUAGAGAUGUUCCGAUACCCUCAUCAGAAAUUCUUACGAUGCGGUCAUUGGCGAGUCUGCAAAUCGAUUUUAUGAUCCAAUACAAGUCUUUAAAGUAGAUUAUUUCCACCCUGAUAAAACUGCAAUUUUCUUAUCCCGAAAAUCACUUCUUAAUUCCAAAACAGCAGUCGCCCCAGACUGCCACUGGCAAGUACUGUUUUUAGAGGGUAAAGUGUCUGUGUGUAUGUGGAAUGCAUACCCCAUGAACUGUUCAUCUAAUUGGCCUCACACACAAACUGUGUUUACUAAAUUACAAGAGAAAGUGCAGAGUUUGGUGCGAUUUGGACUUGUUGUACCUUCAAAAAUAAUGAAAUGGAUAUAAACAGGCAGACAGCACUAUGUAGCAGUGUUAGGAGAUAUUUCUUUUGUUGCUACUGUGCUUUAUAAUAAGCUGAAAUAAGCUUUUAUUUUGAGCUGUGAAAUUUGGUCUGAAGAUUGUGUUGAUUGGUUUACAGACCUGUUAUAUAACAGAGAUGCAAUGACUAGUUCUGGAGUAGGAGCACUACUCUAUUUUUUUUUUAAAUGCACCGUUCUCAGAUUGGUACUCUGUAACGGCAGAUGUGCAAAGUCAGAAUCGGUAUAGGGAUCAAUUAAGUGAAAUGGUAUCGGAACAUCUCUAGUAAAAAUGUUUAUGUGACAGAUCAUACACUCUUAGAUGCAUACUGUAUUUUGCAACACACCUUCACUUACACACAGUCUGACUGUGGCACUGUAGAACAAUUGAAACUGGUGAAAUAUGGCAGAUAAGCACAUCAUGUCAUCUGGAUAAGGAACGUUGUAGAUACCAAAUGCUUCAUACUGUCAUGAAGACAGAAAUAAACUGCACAAAAUUGCUGAUAAUUGUAAUGUUACAAAAGUACUGGAAUGUCUAUGGCCAACCUCUUGAUUUGGCACUAUUUGAAUCCUUGGGUUUACUGGAAAAUACAGUGCUCAUCCUCACGUGUUUAGUACAAAAGCGUCUGACCAGCUCACUGUACAGUUUCCUGCCAGAUAAACAACAUCUGCAGCUUAUGUCUUCAUUCCUUUGAACGUCAUCCUCCGCCAUUAGCCAUCGACGAUAAUGCUUUGUCAGUCGCCUAUGGUACAAGCCUCCUCUUGCGAUGCUGCUUUACAUACAUACUGUGUAAGUGUGACUGGUUGAACUACGCUCCCUGCUCACGAGGGGCGUGAUAAGGAAUUAAGAAAUGGCGACCCUGGUUGCCAUAUAAGCGGCUUUCCGGGGAAUCAAGCCCAGUGACUCACUAUACAAAAAAAGGAAUCAUGAACUGUCACAUUGAAAUCGUAAACUAAUGCAGGGUAAAGGCAGUUUUCUUCUCGUUUUUCCCCCCUUCUCUCUAUCUCUGUUCCUUAAUUCUGUGUAUUCGGAGAUGAGGUUGUGGUGUGAAUCACCAGUGGAGUCAGUUCCUUGUCGAGCAGAUGUGCUUUGAUGGUGUUUAAGCGAUGAUGCUUAAUGCUGGCCCUUCAUUAGCACCGCUCGAUAACAAUAAAAAAGGACGUCCCUUCGUAGAGCCAACAAAGAUGAUGUGCUGCCAUGUGCGGUUCGUCAUGGGCUGAAGAGUCAAGAAAACACCAUACACAUAAUGUGAAGAAUUUAUCUAAAAAAAGAAACAUGUAGCUACAGUACUUGUCCUCCAAUACUAUACUGUUGUUUUUUUAAAUUCUGUGCUUUACACUUGAUCCUUCUCAUUUUCAUUUCGAUGCAUCGUUUCCCACAUUGGAGUUCACAAGUCGUUAUAUUUGUUUUGUAUAUUAUCUUCAAUUCCACAGAGACGUUUUUAAAAAAUAAAACA